AGCUCGGACUCUCUGUUGGAUAAACUGAAGCAUAUGCAGUCAUUCUUUGGUCUGGAACCAAAUGGAGAGCUGAAUGUAGAGACAUUUAAAUUGAUGAAGCAGCCUAGGUGUGGGGUCCCUGAUGUGGCAGGAUACCAGUUCUUCCCCCAGAAAAAUAGAUGGCAGGUGUCAAACUUAACAUUCAGAGUCGUGAACUAUACUCUAGAUCUGGGCUGGGAAGAAGUGGAUGAAGCCAUCCAGAAAGCGCUCCAGUUAUGGAACGAUGUCAUUCCUCUUCAUUUCACCAAAAUCUCCAAUGGCACAGCUGACAUUAUGCUCUCGUUUGUGACCAAAGAACAUGGAGACUUCUUUCCUUUUGAUGGGCCUUUGGGUAAUCUGGCUCAUGCUUUUCCUCCUGGUGAUGAUAUUGGAGGAGAUAUCCACUUUGAUGAUGAUGAAACCUGGACCAACGAUUUCAGAGCCUUUAAUUUAUAUGCAGUUGCAGCCCAUGAGUUUGGCCAUGCUUUGGGACUAGAGCACUCCACUAACCCUGAAGCUCUGAUGUACCCCCUUUACACCUUCCGUGAUUUGAAAGACAUCGCUCUUUCUGAAGAUGAUGUGGAAGGCAUCCAAGCACUUUACGGUCCUGAAAAUAGAACGGUCAUUGCUGAGGCUCCAGAGAGGUGUGAUCCAAACUUCUCAGCAGAUGCUGUGGCAGAAUUACAUGGUGAAAAAAUCAUAUUCAAGGACAGAUUUGUGUGGCAUCAGAAUUCUCAACAGGAUGGGAAUGACUGGGUCUACAUCCAUUCCCUUUGGCCAAAACUUCGGAACCGAGUGGAUGCUGCUUAUGGCCUCCCAGAGAAGGACCUUCUCUUUCUGUUUAGAGGGAAGAAAUAUUGGGCUGUGAAAGGUUAUGAGAUACUUCAUGGCUAUCCCCAGAAUCUUUCUGAUCUUGGCUUUCCAAGCAAUGUGCAGAGAAUAGAUGCUGCAUUUCAUGAUGUAAAGACAAAGAAGACUAAGUUUUUCACUGGAGACAAGAUAUGGAGCUAUGAUGAAAGGCUUCAUUCUAUGGACUAUGGCUAUCCCAAACUUAUAAAGAAUGUAUUUCGUGGAAUUGUCCAUAAGGUCAAUGCAGCAUAUCAACAGAACGGUUCCAUAUAUUUCAUCCGUGGGCCGCUGCUAAUUGAAUACAACAUCAGUCACAAACGGAGUAUCCGCACUUUGCCAGCAAACUCUGUGUUAGGCUGUUAA